AUGUCAGGCUCAAGUCAGCGUUCGACUCAGAGUCGAAGAGGCGGUCGAGGAGAUUCCCAACAGCCCCAACAACCUCAAUCACCUAUUCCACCCACGUCAUCAGAUCUCUUCCAAUCUGGAACGCGACAGGUUGAAGCGCCUACUCGUUCUCCACGAACACAGAGAACCCAACAAUCUGAUGAACCGAUGGAGUCUGAUAUUCCUUCUGGUUUGAGGACAUCUGAACUUGGCCCAGAAACUCCGCUUUCAUAUACCGACAUGUCUAGUACUGCUGGUAGCAAUAUUGGUGAGCAACAAAGUUCUAUUCGUCCCGGUGUUAAUGAAGCGUCUACCAUGCGAAAUCUUACUGAAACCGGUUCUUCUGCUGAUCCUGGGGCUCAGACUGUUAUAUGGGGCACCAAUGUCAAUAUCGCUAGAGUAAUGGAACGUUUCAAGCGUUUCAUUAUGUCUUUCAAAUUGAGAGAUCUUGAGGGCCAACCAGGUUUGACGACUGGUGUUCCUCUGGAUCUGAAUCGACCAAUUUAUAUUCAAAGAUUGGAGGAUAUGGCCGCUAGUGGAGGACUGACGCUUGAUAUUGACUGUCAACAUUUACGCGAAGAGCAACCUGAACUCUAUGAGCAACUGAUCACUUUCCCUAAAGAAGUUAUUCCUGCUUGUGAUGCCUCUCUUCAUGCCUUAUUUAUUGAUCGAUUUAGCGAAGCGAAACCGGAAAAGCCUCUCCAGGUUAGUAAUUAA